UUGAGCGGCGCGUCCUUUCUCCUCCCAGGAAAGACAGGGUUCUGGAUGCGGUCCGGCGGCACCACCACCGCCACCUCCUCCUCUUCCACCUCCAGCACCGGCCCAGAGAUGCUCGCUGGUGAAAUUCCUCAUCCGGGGUUGUGGAUGUAAUUAACCGCCCGUGCGGGCCAGCAGUCCUCUCCCCGCACCGAGUGGAAAUGCUCCCAUCUCCGCCGCCUCCUUCGUCGACAUCAGGCCGCUCGUGCUGUCGCCUUCUCGCCCACGAUGAUGACAGGAGGGCGCCCGCUUCGGGUUUCAGCACAUGCAGGCCCCCUCCACCCCCCACCUUUUUUUUUUUUUUUUUUUUUACUCCUCGUACGAAUCACAGAAUCGGCUCUGAUCUGAUGUAUUAAGAAGAACUAGUUUCCGCUUUUUUUGUUUUUGCUUAAUCACAUCUACUGCCGCGAUCGAUUUUCUUUUGUGUGUGUGUUUUCCCCCCUGACCUCGGGAGAUGAUUGCGGUGUCCGUGCAGUAGCUGUUCCUCAGCGGGGGGAAUGAGCUGAAGCCUGUCGUGAGCCCCGGUGACUUUACAGGAGCGUGGGGGGGUUGCUGACCGUCUGAUACAGCGUGGGGUAAAGGAUCGUUUGUCCUUCCGGCUCAGGUUUGAACCAUGGCCAAUGAACCUGUGAUCCUUAACGUGUAUGACAUGUACUGGAUAAACGAAUACACCUCCAAUCUGGGCAUUGGAGUCUUCCACUCAGGCAUCGAGAUUUAUGGCAGAGAGUUCGCGUACGGCGGUCACCCCUACCCUUUCAGCGGCAUCUUUGAAAUCAACCCCGGCAACGCCGCGGAGCUGGGAGAGACCUUCAAAUUCAAGGAGGCCAUUGUUUUGGGCACCACGGACUUCACAGAGGAGGACAUAGAUAAAAUCAUGGAGGAGCUUGGUAAAGAGUUCAAAGGGAACACCUACCACCUAAUGCACAAAAACUGCAACCACUUCUCCUCCUCGCUGUCUGAGUUGCUCUGUGGAAGAGAAAUCCCCCGCUGGGUCAACAGACUGGCUUACUUCAGCUCCUGCAUCCCCUUUCUUCAGAGCUGCCUACCCAAAGAGUGGCUGACCCCGGCCGCUCUGCAGAGCCACAUCAGCCUCGGCCUCCACAAGGAGGAGCAGAAUGACUCGAGCGACGAGGACCCCACGUCGCCGUCCGGCGCGGCUGCCGCCGGCUCGGGCUCCUCCCACAGCUGUCGCCACACCAGGGUGUGACCCGACCGGCUCGCUCGCCCGCCAGCCCGCCGACCUCUGGACCCACGCCGCUGUUGCCGGCGGCUUCAGUAGGCUUUGAACAACCAACUGACCUCAAACUGUUUGGCCUCUGAAUGAAAAGAGACUGGAAGCGUGAGCUUGCUCUUUGGUGCGGGAACUGUUGACGGACUCUUCAAACCUGGAGACUCUUUGACGGAAAGACUGGAAGAAAACUCUGAGACCUCGAAGGGUCGGCUCUGACUCCAACCGUACACACUUGUAGAUCCGAAGUUUGUAGUGUAACAUUCUUAGUCUUUUCCACAAAAAUUCAAAAAACCUUUGUCAGCCUUGUCCCCUGCCCUGCCUUCGAAGCUGCUUUUGUAGGAAAAACAAAAACUUUCUAGAUAGUAACACUACCAGGAAACUGCUAAUCUCCGCAAGUUCGGCAAGUCCUCGUUUAGUAACCUCUAUGUGGCCUUCAGAUGAUAUCGCUGAUUCCAGUUUCUUAAGGUGUAGCUAUUCUGCGGCCAUUUCAGAGGAUGAACAGGUCAGUUUUGGGUGGGAGUUUGGGGUUGAUAUUUCCUUAAAGAGAGAAAAUGUUGCAUGUUGAGACAAUGUCAUAAAUUAGACAACUAACCGGAGGUGCGAUGGGGCGACGCAGUACUUGACCUCUUACAGAUUUCUUUUGUUUUAAAUUUUUAUCUCAGCGAAAGAUAACCCAAGUAGGUAAAAAAGCCGCUUUUUAGAUAAUUCCCUUUCUGAAGUGACAAAAGUUACCCAAACCAACUUGGCAGUAGAUGAAAAUAGAAAUGUCCUCUUUAAUUUCAGCAGUCAGAUUCUAAGUAUUGCCAGACAUGGAUAAGUCCCUUCAACCAAACCUGUCUGACAACUCAAAGUAGGCUAAAAGCUCACAGAAGCCAACUGAGUAUUCCCAAAUUUAAAGAAAUUCAAGAAAUUUGCACUUCAGAGAACCACAAUGAGUGCCAUUAACCACAAAUGGAGAAAACUUGGAACGAUAGAAAAUCUUCCCAAGAUCGUCCACCUAACCCAAAAUUACUCCAAGAAUGCAUCAACAACUCAUGCAAGAGG